GUGUAAAUCAGGGUCUCUUCCCCUUUAAGGCGCUUUGUGCAGUCACAGAGAGGCCGAAUCUCCAGCUGAUCGUCAGUGAUUCUCAUUCUCACGCCAUCUCUUCCACACGAUUCGCGCAGAUCUUAAGGAGAAUCAAACAUCUGUCUAAAUAUCUGGCAAAUGUCAGUGCUAGUUUUUAAAGCAUCUUUGGCCGUGUCGUACCUCGUCGCGCGAGGAUGAUGCCUGAAGCUCGCGCGUCUCUGGAUGCAGCGCGUGCAAAUGUAUGCGUGUGCGCGCGCGUGCCCUUGAGUUGAGCACCACCAGCAUGGGAUGUUUCUCCAUCGCACGGCCGAUUGCAUCUUGAAACAAAAGCACGGUGCUAUAAAAUAAGAGCAAAUGACUAUUUUUGCUCUUUAUUGUGCCGGAGAACACCGCUGGCGUGUCGUCUGUAAAGGAGAAAACGAGAUGAGAAAGUGACGGCGUGUUUGGAGAGGAAUCUGUAAUUGUGCUGCGCAUCAUCAGUGUUACUGUGAAGAUGCCGAGGAGUUUACGCAGGCUGGUGCACCUGGUGCUCUUCUGUCCCUUAUCUAAGGGUUUACAGUCCCGCUUACCUGCAGUAAAGGUCAAGUACCUGUUGGUGGCGUGGUUUGGGAUUCUGGUGGCCAGCUGGGUGAUUUACAUGCAGUAUUCCUCUUAUUCAGAGCUCUGCAGAGGACACGUCUGUACCAUGCUCAUCUGUGACCAUUACCGCAGAGGCAUCAUCUCGGGGUCAGUGUGUAAGUCUCUCUGCGAGGAGAAAACGCUGUCUUUUCAACACUGUCUUUCAACGUCACCAACACACCAGGUGUACAGUGCUGUGUGGAAGGAGAAAGCCUUGUUGGUGAAGUGUGGAAUUGAAGAGAGCAUGAGGGGAGAAACGGAUCCUGACACUCCACUACUGCAUGACAACAACCUCUAUGAUAAACCCACCCGCGGAACAUCCAUGGAUGAAUUCAGAGCGAUGCUGCAUUCCUUCCUCAAGGACAGUGUUGGAGAGCAGUCGUCUCUUGGCACCCUUGUAACCCGUGUGAUUUCUCUAGCUGAUGUCAACGGUGAUGGCAAAGUUUCAUUAGCAGAGGCGAAAUCCGUGUGGGCUUUGCUUCAGAUCAAUGAAUUUGUUCUGAUGGUGGCACUGCAGGAUAAAGAACAUGCUCCUCACCUGCUGGGCUUCUGUGGAGACCUUUACGUGACCGAACACGUAGCACACAGCGCCCUCUUCAGGCUGGAGGUGCCUGGUUGGCUACAGCCAGUAUUUCCUGAGGCGCUGGGUGUCGCUCUAAACCAGUGGCUCGCUCCUGCGUGGCCCCGCAGGGCUCGAAUAACCAUCGGUCUGCUAGAGUUCGUGGAGGAGGUGUUUCAUGGCGUUUACGGAAGCUUCUACAUAUGUGAUGCAAGCCCGAGAAGGGUUGGCUACAAUGCAAAUUAUGACUUCAAAAUGGCUGACCUUCAGAGCGUAGCAUCGGAGGCAACCGUCAAGGGGUUCCUGCGAGGGAGAACUUGCGAGGCAAAUGCCGACUGCACUUACGGGCGAGAUUGCACUGCGACGUGCGACCGAUUGGCAAGGCAGUGCAAUGUGGAGGUGGUGCAGCCCAACUUGGCCAAGGUGUGCGCGCUACUGCAAGACUUCCUACUCUUCGGAGCACCAUCAGACCUGAGGGAGGACCUGGAGAAACAGCUACGCACCUGUGUGACUCUCAGCGGGCUUGCCUCGCAGAUGGAGGUGCAUCAUUCCCUUGUUCUGAACAACCUCAAAACACUACUGUGGAAGAAGAUCUCGAAUACCAAGUACUCUUGAGACCAACAUAGGGAUGAUCAAGAGAAAGGCAACGAAGAGCAGGAGAAUUGGAGACUUCCUGAGAGCGAAAGUGGGGUCGGCACAGCAGCCUCUGAAGGGGCCAACAGAAUAGCUGAACUCUGCAAGCUACUAUGGACUUAAAAUCUGUCGAACAUCAAUCGUCUUUGAGCGAGAAUAUAGUGUAUGCUCAGAAAGGGCAUACAUCCCCACCUAAUAUUUUCAUCAAGCGAAUCAAUUAAAGAUCCUUUAAUCCUAUAGAAACGCCUUCGGAAGACUUUUUUGUUCACCAUUGCCCAAAAGUUAUACGGUGAAGUAAGACUGUCCAGUAAGGAACAAAAACAAUUGGAGGACAUUUGACUGUGCUACUACACCUUCCCAAAUUAUACUUUGAAUCCUGCUUGGUCAACUUUUGGUUAAGGAUCUGAGCUGCAAGCACAAUAAUAGUAGGGUCAAUUCCAAGUAGAAGUAAACCAAGGAAAGGAGAUAAGGAGAGUUUCUGAGAGAUUGGUCUUGCUCUACAUCCCCACCCUCUAUUUUACUAGGUUUCAUUUUACUUGAUUCAUCUGAAACCCCUUUAAAGCUAUAGAAAAACCCAUUUAAAA